AUGAUUCCCAAUGGCGAAGCGAAGUGGAGUGGCACCCGUCCACAACAUGCAGCGCCGUCUUAUCAGGAGCUAAUGGAGCGCAUUCAUUUCAAUCGAAAGCUCGCACACCUCAGCUCAUCGGCGCGGCGGCGCGUCGGCGCCCCGAUACCAUCGGAUUCAGAGGUUCAAGCGGUCUACGCAGCACGCAAAGCAGCUACAGCUCACCAGCACGAAGAGAUGUUGCAGGGAGACCGGAAUCGCCGCAGGGUUGUGUCAUUUCGGUACUAUGAUGCCUUGAUGGCCGCCUCGACGGACAACUCCUUUCAGGAAGCGCAGCCACUGAGUGAUGUGGGUGCUCGACGCACUGUUCUUAGGCCACUCAAGAAGCUAGUGGGGAUCUUAGCUACGCGGCAGCGCUUUUCAAGUCUCCUGCGCUCUGCCAGCGAGACGAGGGAGCCGCUAAACACCGAUCAAGCUUUCCUAAAGGUUGCGGCGGAGUCUGUGCCUGCCUCUCCCUCCCCGUUACCCAACAUAAGCACGCUGCUACGCGGAAUUACCCUGCCUGACGUGGCUGCGUUCCGGCAACUCGUCAGUGUUGCUCCCGCUGAUUUACCCUACGGAUUUGUCGAAGCGCCGAGAUCCUGCCCAUUGCACGAGCCGUUUGCCUUUCAGCUCUACCGCUUUACCCCAGUGCCGAUGCCGGAGUUUGUAUUGGAUGUUGCAGCACAGUCAAGCAAGGAGGUUCGACGAGGUGAUGGCGAGAGUCUGUUCGCCCAGCAAGGGGAUUGUGUCCCAACGAUGAUGACCGUUCAGCCGUCUUCGGGUGUGGCGAACGACUCACGCUACACGCCUUGUUACACGAGCGCGCGAUCUGUGAAAGGAGCCACGCUGACACGGAGUCCUACGGACGCUGCUCCGACCACAGGCUAG